UGAGUGGUCCUCUUUAAUCAGCGGCUGUGGGGAGGCGGGUCGAGGUGCUGACUGUAAUGCGAUAGCUGCUCCGCUCUAACGUUAUUACAUACACAUGCUGGCUGCCUGCGCUCUCGCUGCUGGAACACGGAGCCUUCAAAACUCAAGCCAGAAUAGUCCGAUCAGAGCAGAGGGAAGGAGCUGUGUGCCUGGACUAGCGGAGAGAGAACGGAGUGUUACCGGUUAUAACGCUCUGGGUAAUAACGGCAAUACGGACCGUUUUGGUUUGCGUUCUAUGAAAGAUCGUUUUUACCGACGGGCCUUGGAUAGUUGGACUAUUUCGUUUUUUUUACCAAACCCCCGUUUUUUGGGGGGGGACAAGUAAAUGCACUGGAGGGAGAAAGUCAAAGGAAAUACAAAACAAAUAUCUUCUCACUGGUUUGGAGGCAACCAAAACACUUACUUCAGAUAUCUGCUAGAGAAAGCACCAAUUCCGUGGACUAAAAACCGCUACGGACUUCUGAAUGAUUUCAUACAGAUUUUUUAUUUAAUUUAAUUUUCCAUCAUUUCUUUGUAAUAGAAUAUUAUCUGGAUGGAAUUUAUGUUUUAUUUAUUUUUUUCUCGUUAUUUUGAACGCCGCAGUGGCCAGAAUGGUUUUGAAUCUUUUAAAUUAUUGAAUUGAAAUAACGGGGCAGAAAAUAUUAUUCAUUUAAAAAAAGAAGAAACAAAAGAAGUGUUAAGCGGGAAUUGAUAUCGCCGUUGUGUUGAACACCGAACCACAGACCAACGUCUUCCCGGUGGAGGCGCGUGUUACCGUGACCGGAGAAAACAGUUUGCGCGAGGAAGAAGACUUUCACCGCGAGUUCUUGUCUCCGGGAUUGGGAAGGGUAAAACUUCACCUCGGAAAAUGGAUAUAUUACCGUGGCUCUGUGGAUGUUUACUGGCCGUUUGUUUACCACAAAUAGUUAUCGGUGAAGAAGGUGAGGCGUGUGGCGGACAUUUUGAUGCCAGCAACGCCGGGUACAUCACCACCCCAGGGUACCCUCUGGAGUAUCCCCCUCAUCAGAGCUGUCGCUGGGUCGUCACCGCCCCAGAACCUUCCCAGCGUAUCGUCCUCAACUUCAACCCCCACUUUGAACUGGAGAAGCUAGACUGCAGAUAUGACUUCAUAGAGAUCCGUGAUGGAAACAGUGAGAAUGGAGAUCUGUUGGGUAAACACUGCAGCAACAUCGCCCCUCCAGCCAUCAUCUCCUCCGGCCCCGUGCUCCACAUCAAGUUUGUCUCUGACUACGCUCACCAAGGAGCUGGUUUUUCACUGCGCUACGAGAUCUUCAAAACUGGUUCAGACUGCUCCCGUAACUUCACCAGUCAGAACGGGAUCAUUGAGUCUCCGGGGUUCCCUGAUAAAUACCCUCAUAACCUGGAGUGUUCCUUUAUUAUCAUCGUGCCCCCGGCCAUGGACGUGGCCCUGACCUUCCUGACCUUUGACCUGGAGAACGACCCCCUCCCCGGGGGAGAGGGAGACUGCAAGUACGACUGGUUGGAGGUCUGGGACGGUCUGCCACAGGUGGGGCCUCUGAUAGGACGUUACUGUGGAACUAAGAUCCCUCCUGAAAUCACAUCAUCUACAGGUAUCCUGUCUCUGUCCUUCCACACGGACAUGGCCGUGGCCAAAGAUGGCUUCUCUGCUCGCUACAACAUGACACACAAAGAAGUCAGCGACACCUUCCAUUGCAGUAACGCGUUAGGUCUGGAGUCAGGGAAGAUCUCUGACGACCAGAUCACUGCCUCCUCUUCCUUCUAUGACAACACAUGGUUGCCACGGCAGGCCCGCCUUAACAACGGCAACAACGCGUGGACGCCCAACGAGGACAGCAACAAGGAGUACAUCCAGGUGGAUCUCCAUGUCCUGAAGGUGUUGACGGGUAUCUCUACCCAGGGAGCGGUGUCCAAGGAGACCCAGAAGUCCUACUACGUCACCACCUUUAAGCUGGAGGUCAGCACCAACGGAGAGGACUGGAUGGUCUACCGAUACGGCAAGAACCACAAGAUUUUCAAUGCCAACACAGACUCUACUGAGGUGGUUCUGAACCGGAUCCCCCAGCCUGUUCUGGCCCGCUUCGUACGUAUCAGACCCCAGGCCUGGAAGACAGGCAUCGCCCUGCGCUUCGAACUCUACGGGUGCCAGAUCACUGACGCUCCAUGUUCUGAGAUGCAGGGGAUGCUGUCCGGCCUGCUGCCCGACUCCCAGAUCACAGCGUCAUCCCUGAGGGAUAUCCACGGCUCCAUGGGGACGGCCAGGCUGGUAGCCAGCAGGUCAGGAUGGUUCCCCAGCUCAACACAGCCUCUGGCCGGGGAGGAGUGGCUCCAGGUGGACUUGGGGGUCCCUAAGACAGUACGAGGCGUCAUCACUCAGGGGGCGAGGAGCGUGGAGGGGAGUACCUUGGCUGAGAACAGGGCCUUCGUCAGGAAGUACCGCGUGUCUCACAGCCUGACGGGAAAGGACUGGACUUUUAUACUGGACAGAAAGACCAACCAUCCUAAGAUCUUCGAGGGCAACACACACUACGACACUCCAGAGAUCCGUCGGUUUGAGGAGAUGCCGGCUCAGUUCAUCAGGAUCUACCCAGAGAGGUGGUCUCCCGUCGGGAUUGGGAUGAGGCUGGAGGUGCUGGGAUGUGAACUGCCAGAAAUGACUACUCUUCCAGACACUGCCACAACCCCACUGCCUAGACUAGAGGAGACCACCGCUGCCUUGAGAGGACCAGGCACUACUGUGUGGUCUCUGGGUGGUCUGUGUGACUUUGAGUCCAGUCUGUGUGGCUGGAUCCCAGACAGCAUGUCAGAGCUGAGCUGGUCUCUCCACAGCGGCAGCCUCUCGUCUGGUCUAACACCCAGUCUGGAUCUACCUCUCUCUCUGCCCAAAGACGACGUGGGCAACUUCCUCCACAUCGAGGCCAGCCCCAGGACAGAGAGGCAGCGAGCCCGUCUGGUGAGCCCCGCUGUGGGGCCUGAGAGAGGGCCGCUGUGCCUGCUCUUCAACUACCAGCUCCAGGGGCCCGAGAACCAGGGCCUGGGGUCCCUCAGGAUCCUCAUCAGAGACAACGACCGGGAGGAGACUCUGCUCUGGGCCCUCAGAGGAGACCAGGGAUCCGUGUGGAAGGAGGGUCGCACCAUCCUGCCCCAGUCACCCAAAGAGUACCAGGUGGUGAUUGAGGGCUUCUUUGAGCACAGCAACCGAGGACACAUCUGGAUCGACAACAUCCACAUGAGCUCCAGUACUGAGCUGGAACAGUGCACCCAACCAUUCGCUGCAUUCCCUCCUGACAUGACUGGGGGAGCUCUUCCUGGUGCCAGUGAGCCCACAGUAGACACAGAGGUGUCAGUGCAGCCCAUCCCCCCCUUCUGGUAUUAUGUAAUGGCCGGCGUUGGGGCUCUGUUGCUCCUGGCAUCAUUCACUCUGGUCGUGGUUCUCUGUUGUCACCGCUAUCAACUAGCAGCCAAGAAGAACAGCCAGCACUCAGUGUCCUACCAGAGUGCCCACUACCACAGCUCUCACUACGGCCCUGGGCCUAACCACAACCACUAUCCCGGGCCUGGGGGGGUUAUGUCGACCCACUACCCCGACAGAGGGCCUCUGUCUGGGUUGGGGCUGGCAGGACCCUCCGCACCUCCAAUGGAGCCCAUGCUGUCUAUCAGGCUGGAGAAGGAGGAUGAGCAUCGAGGCUCCCAGUGCUGACUAUGUUUGACACAGAGACAGACAGACAGAGAGACAGUACUGUGACUGGGCGGGCUGAACCAGACGGAACACCUGCCCUCAGAUAUCUAUAGACACCCUCAGAUGAUGUCAUGACGGAUCGAUCUGGUCCGACUGGGCCUCUGUUUGGGAAUCUGCUGUCUCUGAAGGAAAAUUUAAAUUUAAAAAAACAACAACAUUAAGAGCAAAAAAAAAAGUGCAGAAAAGGCACCGAAGUUUCCUUCUGUCGAUGAUAUUGUCGGUUCCUCUUCCUCUGCUGCUUUGUGGCUUUAAGACGAGGAGGGUUUGCUGUGAUGAUGUGCUUCCUGUUUCAUUGAUCUUGUUUACGUCCAAAACGUCCAGCCAGAACCCUUAGUGGCGGGGCCCCGACUCCCACAAAGGGUUUCUGGGAAAGAUGGGAUUCGGAAUAUGAGUCUACGUCUCAAUUGGCACCCUAUUCCCUAUAUAGUGCACCAUGGGCCCUGGUCUAAACUAGUGUGCUGUAUAGGGGUAGGUGGCCAUUUGGGACGGCCCUUAGUCUUUCAGUGGGGAGUUAAACCUUUGAUUGAACAGUCCAGAGGAGAGGACACUCUUAUAGCGGUGCCAAGAUGCUGUAGGGAGGAGACGCGGAAACCGAGACAGAGAUAGAGUGGGUGAGAGAGGAGAGGGGAGUGGAGCCUGGAUAGUCAGAGGGAGUUGUUUCCACGUGUAGAGCACCUCUGAUAUUUACAACAGGAGAGGUGCUCUCUUCACGUAUACACAGAGAGAGAGAGACAGAGAGAGAGAGAGAGACAGAGAGAGAGAGAUCUGCUGCUCUUGAAGAAGGAGUCAGGAGAGAGAGAGGUAUGUCGGUAUGACAUAUCUCUAUUUUGUUUGACCUCCCUCCUGACUGUGGAGAGAACUCUGGUCCAUGUUUCAGUUUGCUUGGAUGAUGGACUUGCUUGUGUCUGUUUAGAUAUAUUAUAAACUAAUGUUUUAUUUCCUUUAUGAAGGACUGAAGCGAUGGAGACAAUCCUGUACUAACUGCAUAGGCGCACCUAUCAAUGGAGACAAUAUUUGUUUUCUUACUAUAUGCAACAGUCUUCUGAAGCUACCUUAGACAGCCUAUACCCUCUGAAACAACCUAUACCCUGUGAGACAACUUAUACCCUGUGAGACAGACUAUACCCUGUGAGACAGCCUAUACCCUCUGAAACAACCUAUACCCUGUGAGACAGACUAUACCCUGUGAGACAGACUAUACCCUGUGAGACAGCCUAUACCCUCUGAAACAACCUAUACCCUGUGAGACAGACUAUACCCUGUGAGACAGACUAUACCCUGUGAGACAGACUAUACCCUGUGAGACAGACUAUACCCUCUGAAACAACCUACACCCUGUGAGACAACUUAUACCCUGUGAGACAGACUAUACCCUGUGAGACAACUUAUACCCUGUGAGACAGACUAUACCCUGUGAGACAACUUAAAACCCUGUGAGACAUCCUAUACCCUGUGAGACAGACUAUACCCUCUGAAACAACCUAUACCCUGUGAGACAGACUAUACCCUGUGAGACAACUUAAAACCCUGUGAGACAACUUAUACCCUGUGAGACAACCUAUAGCCUCUGAGACAGACUAUGCCCUGUGAGACAACCUAUACCCUCUGAGACAACCUAUAUCAUGUGAGACAGACUAUACCCUCUGAGACAACCUAUACCCUCUGAGACAACCUAUACCCUCUGAGACAGACUAUAGCCUCUGAGACAACCUAUACCCUCUGAGAUAGACUAUACCAUCUGAGACAGACUAUACCCUCUGAGACAACUUACACCCUCUGAGACAGACUAUACCCUCUGAGGCAACCUAUACCCUCUGAGACAAACUAUACCCUGUCUGACAACCUAUACCCUGUGAGACAGACUAUACACUCUGAGACAACAUAUACCCUCUGAGACAGACUAUACCCUGUGAGACAACCUAUACCUUGUGAGACAGACUAUACUAUCUGAGACAACCUAUACCCUCUGAGACAACCUAUACCCUUUGAGACAGAUUAUACCCUCUGAGAUAACCUAUACCCUGUGAGACAACCUAUACCCUCUGAGACAACCUAUACCCUCUGAGACAGACUAUGCCCUGUGAGACAACCUAUACCAUGUGAGACAGAUUAUACCCUCUGAGACAACCUAUACCCUCUGAGACAACCUAUACCCUCUGAGAUAACCUAUACCAUGUGAGACAGACUAUACCCUCUGAGACAACCUAUACCCUGUGAGACAACCUAUACCCUGUGAGACAGCCUAUACCCUGUGAGACCACCUAUACCCUAUGAGACAGUCAGACCCUCCAUCCCUCCAUCCUCUUUACAUUGGCCUUAAAUCUGGGAGGGUACAGGGCUCAUCAGAGUAACAAAUGAACCUAUUUUACUAUGACAUGGUCCCUCACACUGCUCUUUAACAUUACUGUUUUACAUUUGUUCAUUUGUUUUUAUCAGUUGAUGUGUUGUUCUCAGCAGACGAAGCUGGUCAAAUGAUGUCCUUUCCACCAGCUUGGCCCACUGGGUUGAUAUUUUACUAAUUGAAAACAUACAGUACUAGUCAAAGGUGUGAACACACCUACUCAUUCAAGGGUUUUUCUUUAUUUUUUU